GUGCUCGGGGAAGCAUCAUUGUUGACAAAUAUAUUUUCCACAAAGAAAAGAUGUGCAACGACACUACGUAUUACAAAUGCGCGGAUAAGUCCGCAUGCCGUGCGCGGUUCGUCGUUAGAGGAACGGUUGGUUCGUAUAGCACCAACAUACACACCCAUCCACAACACACCCUCGAAAUUGCAAAAAACGAGCUGAAACAAGCGCUUAAAGUUGCCAGCGCUGAAAGUUUUGAGGGAUACAAAGCGGUGUUUGAUAAAGUUUGCCUUAGACCCGAACAUCGCGAAGCAGCUAAACAUGUACUGUAUGCUUCUGUACAAGCCUCGAUGAGGAACGCGAGGAGCAAAUGCUUUCCCAGAGCACCAACAACAGCGUUGGAAUUCGACAAACUUAUGAUGACGGAUAACGCUACUGGAUUCCGAACGAUCUGUGGUGAAGCAUUUUACCAUGGUUGCGUCGGAGUGAAAGGUAGAGGUAUUACCUUAUUUUUCGUGGUCCCUGGAACGAUAGCUGCACUGAAAGAGGCUGAGAGUACAACGCUAUUCUUCGACGGAACUUACAAAACGAAGCCUACGAUAUUUAAGCAACUUAUAAUGGCUUACGCAAAAAUACAAGAAAAGGUCUUCCCUCUGGCCUUCAUGCCUUCUGAAAUCGGUGCAGCAACCACGAACGAAUAUGCAGCAAUCAUGGAAAAGCUUGUGGCCAUUAUGCCAACUGUAGCAGUUGUGGCAACCAUAUCAGACUUUGAAAAGUCACUGAUGAAAGCCUGUCGAGCGGUAUUCGAAUCAGCAACACACCAUGGAUGUCUAUUCCACUAUAAACAGGCAGUGAGGAGACAUAUAGUACAGCUUGGGGUGCUGCAAACCAGUUCAGAAUAUUAUAAGUAUCGCCUGGCUAUGCAGCUUCCACAUCUACCUGCACAUCUUAUUCCAACUGGCAUAGAAAUAGUUAUUACUUAUUUAAAAGCGAAAGCUCACGAUAAAAUAAUCGCGGAUAAAUUCGGCAAAUAUUUAAAAACACAAUGGAUUAAACAAAUUGAUCCAAAGAUCUAUUCUACGUACCGGAUGGAAAUUACAUCAAACAACGCGGCGGAAUCCUUCCAUGCAAAAAUGCUACGUGAAAUAGGGGUGAACCCAACACCAUGGAUCUUUGUGGAGAAAAUUAUUUGCCUUUCAAAAACUACCGCUUUGGAUAUCGAGCGAGGGAGCAAUUAUUUAUAUAAAAGGCAACAAACAGAACGCCAAUUGCUCGUAAACAAACUAUCCAAAAAAUUCGACGCCGACGGCAAUGUAAUGGCUUUUCUUAUGGCACUUAAUGCAAAAAAUAAAAAUAUUGAGCUCGGCUGCAUAAACUUAGAAGAAAAAGAAGAAGCUGUUCAACUUGAUGUAUUGGAAGAGUGUAUAAUAUGCGCAAAGUGUGCUUCGGUUACGCUUACUCCAUGCGGGCACAAACCGUAUUGUAGAGUUUGUGUAUGGAAGGCAGUAUCUGACAACCCUAAAUGUCCCAUCUGCGGAACACUUUGGAAUGGUAUACAAAAGGACAAUUAGACUAAACCGGGUAACAACUUAAACAACUACAACAACUUCAACUCAAAAGACAGCAUUGUCAUCAUUCCUGCCAUAUGAAUCGACUUAUUAUUUUUCACAAGCGGUGCUGCUCAACGGUACCGUCCAACUGCCGGGAUCAUUAAGAUGACCAUCCCUUCGAUUGACCGCAUGACCUGUACCAAUACUACCAAUUCCAACUCAAAAGACUGUAUACGCGUCAUCACCACAUCUAUAUCAUACAAAUCGAUCCAUUCCGCCAGUUAGAGAUAGUGGCACAGUCAAACGGCAUCAUCUUGCUUCAACUGCGCAACGACGUGAUCAUCGAUUAAGCGGACUAAACCGGAUAACAACUUCAACUCAAAAGACAACAUUAUCAUCAUUCCUGCCAAAUGAAUCGACUCAUUAUUUUUACAAGCGGUGCUGCUCAACGGUACCAUCCAACUGCCGGGAUCAUUGAGAUGACCAUCCCUUCGAUCGACUACCAACUCCAACUCAAAAGACUGUACCCAUCAUCACCACGCCUAUAUGCCUAUAUCAUACGAAUCGAUCAAUUCUGCCAGUUAGAGAUAGUGGCGCUGUCAAACAGCAUCAUCUUGCUCCAACUGCGCAACGACGUGAUCUUCGAUUAAGCGGACUAAACCGGAUAACAACUUCAACACAAAAGACAACAUUAUCAUCAUUCCUGCCAUAUGAAUCGACUUAUUAUUUUUCACAAGCGGUGCUGCUCAACGGUACCGUCCAGCUGCGCGACGCCGUGAUCAUUGAGAUGACCAUCCCUUCGAUCGACCGCAUUAACUGUACCAAUAUCAACUCCAACUCGAAAGACUGUAUACGCGUCAUCACCACACCUAUAUCAUACAAAUCGAUCCUUUCCGCCAGUUAGAGAUAGUAGCGCUGUCAAACGGCAACAUCUUGCCUCAACUGCGCAACGACGUGAUCAUCGAUUAAGCUGACUAAACCGGAUAACAACUUCAACUCAAAAGACACCAUUAUCAUCAUUCCUGCCAAAUGAUUCGACUUAUUAUUUUUUACAAGCGGUGCUGCUCAACGGUACCAUCCAGCUGCGCGACGCCGUGAUUACUGAGAUGACCAUCCUUUCGAUCGAUCGCAUUAACUGUACCAAUAUCAACUCCAACUCGAAAUACUGUAUACGCGUCAUCACCACACCUAUAUCAUACAAAUCGAUCCUUUCCGCCAGUUAGAGAUAGUGGCGCUGUCAAACGGUAACAUCUUGCUUCAACUGCGCAACGACGUGACCAUCGAUUAAGCUGACUAAACCGGAUAACAACUUCAACACAAAAGACAACAUUAUCAUCAUUCCUGCCAUAUGAAUCGACUUAUUAUUUUUCACAAGCGGUGCUGCUCAACGGUACCGUCCAGCUGCGCGACGCCGUGAUCAUUGAGAUGACCAUCCCUUCGAUCGACCGCAUUAACUGUACCAAUAUCAACUCCAACUCGAAAGACUGUAUACGCGUCAUCACCACACCUAUAUCAUACAAAUCGAUCCUUUCCGCCAGUUAGAGAUAGUAGCGCUGUCAAACGGCAACAUCUUGCCUCAACUGCGCAACGACGUGAUCAUCGAUUAAGCUGACUAAACCGGAUAACAACUUCAACUCAAAAGACACCAUUAUCAUCAUUCCUGCCAAAUGAUUCGACUUAUUAUUUUUUACAAGCGGUGCUGCUCAACGGUACCAUCCAGCUGCGCGACGCCGUGAUUACUGAGAUGACCAUCCUUUCGAUCGACCGCAUUAACUGUACCAAUAUCAACUCCAACUCGAAAUACUGUAUACGCGUCAUCACCACACCUAUAUCAUACAAAUCGAUCCUUUCCGCCAGUUAGAGAUAGUGGCGCUGUCAAACGGUAACAUCUUGCUUCAACUGCGCAACGACGUGACCAUCGAUUAAGCUGACUAAACCGGAUAACAACUUCAACUCAAAAGACAACAUUAUCAUCAUUCCUGCCAUAUGAAUCGACUUAUUAUUUUUCACAAGCGGUGCUGCUCAACGGUACCGUCCAGCUGCGCGACGCCGUGAUCAUUGAGAUGACCAUCCCUUCGAUCGACUACCAACUCCAACUCAAAAGACUGUACCCAUCAUCACCACGCCUAUAUGCCUAUAUCAUACGAAUCGAUCCCUUCUGCCAGUUAGAGAUAGUGGCGCUGUCAAACGGUAACAUCUUGCUUCAACUGCGCAACGACAUGACCAUCGAUUAAGCGGACUAAACCGGAUAAUAACUUCAACUCAAAAGACAACAUCAU